UUCGAGUUGGCUUUCUUUGUCUCUGCGCAGCAAGAGAUUCACUUCUAAAUUUACUCUUUGCAGGGCAAGUCGAAAAUUCUCGAGAAGUAACCACCAAUGCCAUUGGAUCUACAACCUUCGAGGAUUUGAGUUGCCCCGAUCUAUUCUAGCAUCCACCCCACGCGAGACCUCAAAAAACCCAAUAUUCCAAUGACCUCUGCAACUACUACUAUAUAGCAAGAAAUAUUAUAAUAAUAAUCGUCCGGGCGAGUUCAGCCUCGGUUCUCCGCAACAGCCGACCCCAGCUUUGACCCGACCAGCUUUCGAGUAUAAAGAGGGGGCGCCCGCUGCACGUCCACCCUGUUGAACUCCUCUCCCUCGCCUCCGUACCCUGUCCGGCAUCUAUAAUUAUACAUUCACCCCGUCCAUCAUGGCCUCAACCGCCCGUCAACGCCUCCAAGCCAUCAGCCAGCAGCUAGUCGAGGGCAUCCCCGACGCAGGCACCUUCGAGAACAUCCCCAAGAUCCGCCAGGUCGCAGGCGACUCAGUCGGACCCCGAGUAAAGGACAAAGUCGCCAUUAUAACCGGUACAAACUCCCCCCUCGGCAUCGGGCGCGCAACAGCCCACCAAUACGCCCACAACGGCGCCAAAGCAGUCUACCUGUGCGACUACGCCUCCGAGCACCUCGAGACACACGCGCGGGAGCUCAAAUCGCUAUACCCGGGCGUCGACGUCCACACGCGCGCCUUCGACGCCGCAAACGAAGCGGAGCUGCAAACCGUGGUUGAGCACGCGGUCUCCACGUACGGCCGACUCGACAUAUUCUUCGCGAAUGCCGGCGUUUCGGGCUCGAACCGGCCGUUCUAUGAUGUCUCCGCGGACGAGUUCGGGGAGACGCUGAGGAUUAACACCGUUGGUGUGUUUCUGGGCGCGAAGCAUGCUAGUAAGGCCAUGUUGAAGACGAGUAAGGAGAAGCCGUAUCCCGGUGGGAGUAUCAUCUGUACUGCGUCGGUGGCUGGAUUGCGAUCGAAUGCGGGCGCGACGGAUUACAGCGCGAGUAAGGCGGCUGUUGUAUCGAUUGCGCAGACUGUGGCGUACCAGUUGGUUGGGACGGGGAUUCGGAUUAAUGCGCUUUGCCCUGGUGUUGUGGAGACGGGGAUGACCGCUCCGAUGUAUGAGGCUGCGAGGGCGAGGGGGACGGAGAAAAAGAUUGGGCAGUUGAAUCCGUUGCGUCGUGGGGCUGUGGCAGAUGAGAUUGCGAGGGUUGCGCUGUUCCUUGGAAGUGAUGAGAGCAGUUACGUGAAUGGGCAGGCAUGGGCAGUUUGUGGUGGGUUGAGUGCUGGGCAUCCUUAUGUGCCUGGGAAGAUAGCAUGAUUUUCAAAUCUACGACUGAACUACGUAGGAGGAAUACUACGUUACGAUAGGGACAAUUUUCGAGUCAAACUUUAAGUUUUACAAACAAUAUCAAUUAACUAUAAACACCCCCGCAGGUUCUGGCAGGCGGGACAAACAAGACUGCACUUCUCGAGCACAGCCAGGCAGCUUUCAAAGCAGCUCCAUCGCGAAGAAAAUCGACAAAAGGAAUUUGGGGGUGACGGAUAGGAAAUAUCGAGGGAGAGGCUCGCCCAGAAUGUGGAGGCCACGGGCUGAUCUAUUCAAGACGAAGCAAAAGACGCCCUAGAACAUGAAUGUUCUAGUAUAGAAGAUAUAAAAAAUA